AUCGUUAAGCAGAAUGCCACUCUGUAUUUCCGUGUCUUUCGUGCGGACGGAACCUCUUUAGGGCAGCCACAUGCUUGCCAAAGAAUUCAAUCCCGAAUUCAAUCCCGAAUAUUAUUUAGCCCCUUAUUAUUUCCAUAACACCACAAAAGAAGAAGAAGAAGAAGACGAAGAAGAAGGGGGUGGGGGACUUCCUCGCCCUUGUUACUCCUAUGCCGUUCGCAUCGUAAGAUGCUCCGUGGAAGGGAGCCUAGCGGUGGGCAGCGGCUGCGAGUCCCCGAUACCGGGCGCCUCACAUUUCCGUGGCAUUCCCAUUUGCUAGUGCGCUGCCGCGGCCGCACGCCUGAUUGAUAUAUGACUGCAAUGGCACUUUUCCAUUUGACAUUCUCUCUCUCUCUCCCUCUCUCUCUGCCUCUCUCUCUCUCUCUCUCUCUCUCCCUGUGUCGCUUAAACAACAGUCCUAACUUUUGUGUGUUGCAAAUAUAAAAGGCAAGCCAUGUGACAGAGGGACAGAAGAACAAAAGCAUUUGGAAGUAACAGGACCUCUUUCUAGCUCUCAGAAAAGUCUGGGGAGAAAGGAGCCCUGCGUUUUCCCCCAAGCUGUGCAUCAGAUACAGUGAUGAUGGAUUGCGAGUGCAAACAGUAAGACGAAACUCCGGCAUACAAAGGACGAUGACAACCAGAAAGCUCCAACCAGAUCCUGCCCUUUCCUUGAAAGGAACUGGAGCCUAGGAGGUGAAGGCAUUUCCAAUUUUUAGUCCUUUGCCUCCCUCUGCUGUUCCUCUUGAGAAGUUUUCCCUUACAACAAUGAGAAAUCAUGUACUAGCUGCAUCCUUUUCUAUGCUCUCCCUGCUGGCGCUGAUGGGAGAUACAGACAGCAAAACAGACAGCUCAUUCAUGAUGGACUCCGAUCCUCGACGCUGCAUGAGGCACCACUAUGUCGAUUCUAUCAGUCACCCGUUGUACAAGUGUAGCUCCAAGAUGGUACUCCUGGCCCGGUGCGAGGGGCACUGCAGCCAGGCGUCACGCUCCGAGCCCUUGGUCUCCUUCAGCACUGUCCUCAAGCAGCCCUUCCGUUCCUCCUGUCACUGCUGCCGGCCCCAGACGUCCAAACUGAAGGCACUGAGGCUGCGCUGCUCUGGGGGCAUGAGACUCACGGCCACCUACCGGUACAUCCUCUCCUGUCACUGCGAGGAGUGCAGCUCCUGAGGCCUGCUGUUGAGUGGCUUCUGGAUGGGACAGUCCCUCCCCCUCGCUGAAACAGUUCAACCAGCCAGGGAAGGACUGGCAAGGGAAGAGUUAAGGCAAAAAAAAAAAAAUAUGUAGCAAUUCCCACGGGAUUCUGCGUAUUCUAGUAAUAAAGACUCUACAUGCUUGUUGACAGAGAUACUCUGGGAACUUGUUUUCCAUUCCCAUCUCCUUUCCCUGGUACAAUUUCUUUUGGUUCCUUUUCAGAUUCAGGCAAUUUCCCCCUUGGCGCUGAAUGCUGUUUGGGUUUCCAACAAUUCAGCAUUAGUGGGAAAAGUAGGCCCCCAUGCAAGAGUGGGUCAGGCUGUCACUGUUUGGCACAGAUUAGGGAAGCAUUUGCUUUGGAAAGCAGGAAAGCCCAAUUCUUUCUGGGACAUCCUCUGGCUUUUUUUUUCUUCUUCUUUUUUUUUUCUUUUAUCUUGUCAUUUGGUCUAAGGUUGCCAUUGUUGCUAAAGGUUACCAAUUUCAAAUUCCAGGCACCGAGCAUGUGGAUAUGUUUAGCCAGGUUCAUUCACAGCCAAGCUAACUGACAUUAAAAUCACUAACAAACAGAUUCUCCUAUGUGAUGCUGGAACUCCUGAUAGCCAUCAUUAUUAUUCAGAAAUGACUUUGGGGAAGUAAAAGUGGCUUAAAGAAUUGUCAUCUUGAGGCUCUCUCAGAUAAAUUAUGUUAACAUGUUGUAAGGGAGCAGACUUUUAAAGACCUGCACAAAUACGGAUCCUGCACUGACUUUGAAAAAGGCAUAUAUGUACUAGUGGCAUGGAGAAUGCUUUAUAUUCAUGCAUGCAAAUUAGACAACCAAGUACGAAUCUAUUUGUGGGUGUGCUAUAGCUUUAGCCAUGUCGUGGGCAUCAUUCUCUAAUAUCCACCUGUCCAUGGGAAGCUUGCUGCCGAAAAUGGUGGCCUGGCUCAUCUUCUGAACAUUUGGUUCAAAUAUAUUUUGGUCCUUGAGGCUCAAAAUUUGAGUUAUUCCCAUGUUUUGAAAUAAAAAGAGAGUAUCUUCAAAA